ACCCUCCAUUCUCUCUUUGGUACUUUUUUUUUCUUCGCUCUUUCAGAACUCAAAUCAUCCUCAGGCCCUCUUCAGUUUUCUUUCCAGGAGGUUUUUCAAAGAUCGGUUAUUGAAUGGAUGAAGCAAAAGAGAAGGGUGAUUCCGUGAGUAUUGUUUCAGAAUCUUCAGUAACUGUUAGUGAAACUGUGGUUGAAACAAUGGCUUGUGAGGAUCAAAUUCGGAUUGAGGAAGGAGGUGAAGCGGGUCGUGAUAAUGGAGAUGAGGUAACUGUGGAGGUUUUGGAUUCUCAUGUUCAUAUUGAUGGGGGAGAUGGAGAGACAGUUCAGGCUAGUUCUAUUGGUGAAGCAGUUCGUGGUCAUGAAGAGUCCAGUAAAGUUGGUUUGGAGGGUAACUUAAGAACCUUAGAUAGUGACUGCCAUGCGGUGGAUGGUUUGGGUUCAAGGAAUGAGGUUUCAGGUGGUGAAGGCAGGGCUCAGAAUGAGGUAAAUGGAGGUGUGGUUCGGUCUUGUUCUAAUGAUGUAAUUUGUGGUCAUAAUGAGUCCGAUGAAGUUGGUUUGGAGGGUAAUCCGAGUACCUUAGAUAGUGAAGGUGGUGCAGCCAGUGAUUUGGGUUCAAGGUAUGAAGUUUCAGGUGGUGAAGCUAAGGCUCGGAAUGAGGUAAAUGGAGCCAGGGUUUUGGGUUUCAGUGCACCUGGUAAUUCUUCAGGUAAGAACACAGAGCAGUCUAGCGGAAUUGAUGAAGGUGGGGGAGAUUUGAAUCAAGCUACAGAGACAGGUAAAGUUGGUAAUUUGGAUGGUAAUGAAGUGAAUCAUGAAAACCAGAAACCAGUUGUAUGUUUGUCCGCUGCAUCUGAAGAUUCAGGCAUACAAAAUAAAAUUGUUGAGGAAGCUGCAAUGGCAAUCGAUGAGGAAUAUUUGAAUGCCUUAGAUGGUGCUCAUGAAACUAUAUCUGAACCGAUAAAGAAAGCUCCAAAUGACAAUGUAGAUGCCACAUCCUUGAAUGUCAAUACACUGGUUACUGCUGAAUGUGUUCCCACUUCUGAAGCUAAAGAUCCGGUCUAUUCGUGUCAGUCAACGGAAUCGAUUGUCGAAGGUCGAUUAGACGAGAAGGUUAGUUCAGACAUGGAGAUCGACAAGCAAGGUACUGAGUCUGAGAAACAGCAGAUGGAGGUUAAUACUCCUUACCUAAGCAACAAAAACCAUGAUACAGGUAGUGUCAAAUGCUUAAAACCUGAGCCAGUUAUUGACGGAGGAGAAGGAGUUGAUUUAAGCAUGGGGGAAGCAAUGCUUGCUGAAAAGCAGGUUUCCGAUGCUAAAGAUGUCGGUUUUGAUGCAGAGCAAGAUGUUGAAGUUGAGAAAAUGGGUGUUAGCCCUAAAAAUUGUGAUGCAAGUGAUGUUUCUGAACCAUUAGGUCAUCAAAUGGAUGUAUUUGUUGGUAGUGGUGAAGGUGAAGUCCCAAAAGUCGAUAACAAUGUUUUGAACCAAAUAUCUCCUGCUGUUGCUUCUGAUAAGGAGUUACAGUGCUCGGGAAAUGAUGAUCCAUUAGCUAAAAAUGUGGUUUUUGAGGAUGAUUCAAGUGUAGGGAAAGAAAUGAAUGUUGAAGAUCAAGUUACUAGUGAUGAACCGGAUUGUUUAGAGCAAGUGGGAGAAAUGGAAGUCGUAGAACAUGAUAGUGAUUUUGACCAGCCAACCAAUAUAGAUGAACUGACUGUUAAACAGACAGCUCUCAAGUCCGUGAGUGGCUUAAAGGUGCAUCAAGCUAAGUACCAGCAACUUCUGUCCGAGGAAGAAGGUGGAUUUUCAGUUUCUGAUUUAGUCUGGGGUAAGGUCAAGAGCCAUCCAUGGUGGCCAGGACAGAUAUUUGAUCCUUCUGAUGCUUCGGAGAAGGCAAUGAAGUAUCAAAAGAAGGAUAGCUUUCUGGUAGCAUACUUUGGGGAUCGAACAUUUGCUUGGAAUGAACCGUCUGUUUUGAAGCCAUUCCGAACGCAUUUCUCUCAAAUAGUGAAGCAGAGUAAUUUAGAAUCAUUCGAGAAUGCAGUCAAUUGUGCUUUGGAAGAAUUUUCUAGACGGGUCGAGAUUGGUCUGGCUUGCCCUUGCAUGCCGAAGGAUGCCUAUGACAAGAUAAAAUUCCAAAAAGUUGAGAAUGCGGGAGUUCGGGAAGAAUCAAGUUUAAGAGACGGUAUUGAUGUAUCUUUAAGUGCUAGUUCUUUUGAGCCUGACAAAUUAAUUGACUAUAUGAAAGCAUUAGCGGAGUCUCCAUCCAGUGGGGCUGAUCGACUCGACCUUGUGAUUGCUAAAGCUCAAUUGUUGGCAUUCCAUCGUUUAAAAGGUUAUCAUCAGCUGCCUGAAUCCCAAUUUUCUGAGGAGAAAACGCUUGAGGUAGUUGAGUGUGCCACUCCUAUGGAUACGGAUGGUGAGCAAAAAUCUGAGGCUUCGAAGACUCGGAGAUCUUACCUUAAACGGAAGCAUAAUCUGAAGGAUGGUUUGUAUCCUAGUAAAAAGGAAAGAAGCUUAUCCAAAUUAAUGAGCGAGACAUUUGAUUCUCCUGAUGGCGAAAUCGGGUCUGAUGUGAUAGGUAAUAAGCCCCCUUCAUCAUCAUUUAGCAAGAAAAGAAAAGCCAUUGAUUCCUCAGAAGAAUCCGUGAUGCAGGAAGGGAGGAAGACAACUAAAGGGUCUCUAAGCACACCUCAUUUCCCAAAGCCUUCCUUUAAGAUUGGUGAGCGUAUUAGUAGAGCUGCAAGCCAAAUGACCGGAUCCCCAUCGAUUCUAAAGUCCGGUGGUGAUAGGUUACACAAGCUUGAUGGUGGCUGUGAAACUCCUGCUACAUGUGGAUAUGAUGUUCCUGUUGAUAAUCUUGAGGAUGCCGAGCGAAAGAGGACAGAUAUUUUGACUGAAUAUUCAUCACUUGACGAGUUAUUGCUGCAACUUCACUUAGCAGCAUGUGAUCCGAUGAAAAGUUGCAAUUCUCUUAAUAUUAUUAUUAGCUUCUUCUCGGAUUUUAGAGAUUCAAUAGUUCUGGAUCGACUUUCUGGAGACAAAGCAGUUGGGAAAAGGAAGAAGUCGCCAAAUUCUAUCAUUGGUUCUUCUGAAACUUUUGAGUUUGAAGACAUGAGUGACACUUAUUGGACUGACAGGAUAGUCCAAAACGGUUCUGAGGAGCAGCCAUCACUGGGAACCAGUAGGGGACAAUAUCAAUUUGUGCCUGUCGAAUUAGAUAAACCAAUUCAAAAAGUCCGUAAGUCUCGAAAGCGAUAUUCUGAUACCAGUUAUGAUUUGACAGCACAGAAACCCCCUGGCUAUGUUGAUGAGAGGGCCCCAGCAGAAAUUGUUAUGAGCUUUCCCGAGAUCAAUUCUGUUCCUUCAGAAACAAAGCUAAAUAAGAUGUUCAAGCACUUUGGACCAUUAAAGGAAUCCGAGACAGAAGUUGAUCGUGAAACCCGCCGUGCCAGAGUUGUUUUUAGAAGAUCAUCUGAUGCAGAAGUUGCUUACAAUAGUGCCGGGAAAUUCAACGUCUUUGGGCCAGUGUCUGUAACUUAUCUACUCAACUACACUAUUUCUGAAUCAUUUAAAGCUUCACUGUAUGCUCCGACCCUAGCUGAGGAGAAUCUAUUCAUUGCUUCAGCCCCUUGUGGGGACCAUGCACUUAUUGCCCCAAGCUUAGGUGAGGAAGCUUCAUUCAUGGUUUCAACCCUUGGUGAGGAAACUUUACCCAUUGCUACAUCGUUCCAUGAGGAACCUUGGUUCAUAGCCUCAACUACGGGUGAGGAUACUUCAGCCAUUCCCACGACCUUAGCUGAUGGAACUUUGGUUGUUGCUACAACCAUGUAUGAGAAAACAUUACCUGUUACCAUGACUGCAGGUGUGGAAACAAUGGCUGUUGCCGCAAAUGUAGGUGAACAAUCAUUGCCUGUUUUCGCAAUCAUUAAUGAGCAAAUGUCAACCGCUCCUGCAAGCCUGGUUGAGGAAGCUUCACUUUCUCACUUAACUUCGAGCAAAGAAACUUCGACCAUGACCACAACCUUGCAUGAUCAAACUUCAAGCAUUGCUACCUUCAAUCCAGAAAUUCCUAGUGUUCCUGCCACUGUGGGUGAAGAAAUCUGUACCAUUCCCACACCCUCGGGUGAAGAAACUUGUAGCAUUCCUCCAAACUUGGAUGAAGAAACUACUAUCCGUCCAAUGACCUUGGCAGAGGAAACCCCUAGCAUUCCCAGAACCUUGGGCGAAGAUGCUCCAUAUGUCCCUGCAGCCUUUAGUGAAGAAGCUCCAGCAGUUUCUCUGACUUUCAGCGAAGGAACUCAUACCCUUCCCGGAACAUUGGAUCGUGAAACUAAGACCGUUCUUACAACUGUGUAUGAGGAAACAACCAUUCCUGCAACCUUAGGUCAAGAAACUCCUACCUUUCCUGCAACCUUGGGUGAAGAAACUUGUAGCACUCCCUCAACCUCAAGCGAAGCAGAUCGAAGCAUUCCCACUAACCUGGCCGAAGAAACUCGUGCCAAUCCAGUGACCUCGGCCGAGGAAACCCCCAGUACUCCGGAAACCUUGGGUGAAGAAAGUCCAUCUGUUCCUCUGUCUUUCAGUGAAACUCCUGCCAUUCUUCCAUCAUUCAGCAAAGAAACUCCUACAAUUCCUCAUCCUUUCAGUGAGGGAACUCCUACUGUUCCUGUAACAUCGGGUCCGGAAACUCAGACCAUUUCUACAACCAUGGGUGAGGAAACUACAACCAUUCCUGCAAACUUGGGUGAGGAAACAACUGCUACUGAAACCUUGCACGAGGAAACUCUCGCUGUUCCUACAACUUUGGCUGAGGACAAUCUGACUAUUAUUGCAAAAUUGGAUGAGGAAACUCCAAUGAAUCCUAAAACCUUGGAUGAGGAAACUAAAACGAGUUCCACAAACUCAGCUGAGGAAACUUCGACUACUCUCACAACCUCAGGUGUGGAAACUCCUACCAUUCCUGGAAUGUUGGGUAGGGAAACUCUGACCAUUCCUACUAUUAUGUGUGAGGAAACAACCAUUCCUGCAACCUUAGGUCAAGAAACUCCUACCCUUCCUGCAACCUUGGGUGAAGGAACUCAUAGUAUUCCCUCAACCUCGAGUGAAGAAAAUCAUAUCAUUCCCACUAACCUGGAUGAAGAAACUCCUACUGAUCCAGUGACCUUGGCAGAGGAAAGGCCAAGUAUUCCUGAAACCUUGGGUGAAGAAACCCCAACCGUUCCUCUGACAUUCAGUGAAGAAACUCCGGUUAUUCCUCCAUCAUUCAGCGAAGGAGCUACUAUUCCUCCUUCCUUCAAUGAGGGAAGUCCUACUGUUCCUGUAACAUUGGGUCCAGAAACUCAGACCAUUCCUACAACCACGGGUGAGGAAACUGCAAACAUUCCUGCAACCUCAGGUGAGGAAACUACAAGUGCUCCUGUGACCCUGCAUGAGGAAACUCUGGCUAUUCCGACAACUUUGGCUGAGAACAGUCCAACUAUGACCACAAAAUUGGAUGAGGAAACUCCAACCAGUCCCACAAACUUAGCUGAGGAAACUUUGACUACUCCCACAACCUCAGGUGUUGAAGCUUCAACAGUUCUCAAAACUAACAGCGAGGAAACAUCAGCUGUUUCUACAACUACAGAAAUGGAAACUUUACCCCCUGCGGGUGCUGAAAGUGUAGAACCUGCAACUUAAUUGCUUUACUGUAUUACUUGGAAAUUUCAGAAUUGUUGUAGGGGAGAAUACGUCCAGUGGUUCUGAUAUCGGUGUGGGGUUUGGUAGGGAUGAUUCGAGUUGCCAUAGAAGAAAGCAAGCAGGUGGCAGAUGGCUCAUCUGGUGCAACUCGAGUCUUGUGCUCAGAUUCUUUCUUUGGUAGAAUUAUGCAGUACUGAGUGUAUUGCCCUUCACGUGUGCUCCGGCUAGUGUAAUAUAUAAUCAUUUAGAUGAUGACCUUUUUCACUGAAGCUAAUUCCUAGAGGAGAGGACCCAGAGAAUUGUUGAAUCAAUUCUAUUUCUUUCUGCUGCGUAAUCAUAUCCAUGUCGUACAAGGGAUUAUCAUGCAUUGCAUUAUAUCGAAUUAUGGAGCCCAGUUCCUGAUUAUUGUUUUGGUUCCUUGUGAAUUUGAUCAGUAAAAGCAUGUGUUAUGAUA